AUCCUUAUCGAUGCGAUAUACUCUCCCAGAGUGUAUUAAAGCGAGCGAAUCAAUAAACUUUUUAUUAGUUCCAAAAUGAUUGCUCUAAAUGUAUUGAGUGUACUUGGGUUCUGCCUUGCAGUCACUGCAUACGGUGUUCCUGAAAGUAAAAUUGUUGGCGGCAAAAAUGCUUUAUCUGGUCAGUUCCCUUACCAAGUAUCUCUGAGGAAGAAUAAAAGCCAUUUUUGCGGUGGAUCCAUCAUCGAUUCACGUACCAUUCUCACAGCAGCACAUUGUGUUGAAGGAUUGAGUAAUUUGAAUGGCAUCACUGUUCAAGCUGGAACAAAUCAACUGAACUCAGGUGGAGUGUCUUAUGUACCGGAGAAAGUUGUUGCCCAUCGCAGUUUCAACGCGCUCAGUCUCGUUAACGACAUUGCUUUGAUCCGUGUGAAUCAAGAUAUCUCGUUCACUAACUUGAUCCAACCGAUAAAAUUGGCUUCGGGUAGUAAAACUUAUGAAGGAUCAGACUGCAUCCUAUCCGGUUGGGGAACUACAAAAUUAAAUGGAAAUGUACCAAAUAAUUUGCAAUGGAUCAAACUAAAAAUCGAGACAGAACAAAAAUGCAAGCAAGCUCACUGGAGAGUACAAUCUUCUCAUAUUUGCACAUUCACGAAAUCCGGAGAAGGUGCUUGCCACGGUGAUUCUGGUGGUCCUCUCGUUGUCGGUGAUCUACAAGUCGGUAUCGUUUCCUUUGGACAACCUUGUGCCGUAGGAAAACCUGAUGUGUACACAAGAGUAUCUUCUUUCACAUCAUGGAUCAACGAACAUAAAUCUUUCCUCAUGGAGGAAAGGGGUGAAGCACCAGCAGACGGUUUCUACAUUUCUUAAAUAUAAUUUCUUAAAUAUAAUCGAUCACUGAUAAUAAAAGUUGACAAAAAAUCAUCUU